AUGUAUCGAUCACCGUUCACCCUGACGCCUGAAGAACUUCAGAGAUACCAAGUACCAGAGACGAGACCAUGCCGACUGAUGGUCCUCGAGCUGCCGGUCGGCGAGAUCGCCUCAUCGUCGCGGUCGCCGUCGCCGGCUCAGACCGUUUGGAGAGCCGGCCUGACCGGACGAGUUGGCGUCGGCGCUGAGACCAGCCAAGAAUUAGGCCUCGAGGCGUCUUCGCGGACGACGGUCAACUUCACUAUGCCCUCCAGCGCGAUAAACUGCAGAGGACCGGCCGCCUCGUGGGCGCCUCGGCCCAGCAUCCUCUCCAUCUUCCGGUACACCUCAAGUCCAAGUUGGCCGGCGCCGGCAACGGCGGCUUUGACUCAUCGUCAAGCGGUGUUCGCCGAUCUUUACCGCACCCGAAGAUGGGCCAUGAAUCGGCUGGACAAGGUUGAGCUACGCGUCACUCGGGACGUCGAAGAGCUGACCAUUGGGUCCGGCGUCUCGCAGACGCCGGAACUGAUGCGCCGUCGACGGGUCUGGCUGACGAGGCCGGUUUGGUCGGCCACCGGAGUCCCGGCCUCGGCCAGAACGGAUGCAUUAGGGACUAGCCUGCGGAAGGUCGCCUCCUCGAAUGAUGGCGAGAGAAGACGCUUAGUCUGGCGUGGCCAGAUGACCCCGGGCCAGCAGUUCUACGAACGAUGGGCCCGCCGGCCGGCGAAGCAGCCCAGCCUGGACAAGGAGAGCCUGGAGUCUAGCUGGUAG